AACACCGAAACUGUCCUGAUUUAUUAGAUUUUUUUUAAAUUCUUGGAAAUUCUUAAGGAAAUGUACAUUCCUUUGUGUUAUGUAGGUACGAACGAGUUUUCUUUUAUUGUUCUAAAUCCAUAGGUCUAAUGGCGGUCUCGAAGUUCCAUUUAAAAUAGCAUAAAUGCACCAAUGAAGAAAUAUUAAGUUUAUAUAUUUUGUUCUCGGCGCAGCGAGUAUGUUAAUCGUGUAAAUAAAAAAACAUCAUAAAUGUCCUCCAAAGUUAUGGAAACGCGUUAUUAUGAGGGAUGUGGACGUGAGGGGCCUAUACGGUGUAUAUUUUUGGGUGAAUUUCACCCUGUUGCUGGCCCCAAAAUAGGAUGUCAGUUCCCAGAAGACUACAUUUCAAAGGAACUGUUUGAUUCUAUCAGUGCUUACAUCAUUCCAAAACCUCAAAUCCAGAAAUGCACAAUGACUGUCAAUGCUUUAGGACACAAAAUAGUAGGCUAUCCGAUACGAAUAGAGAAUCCAAGAUAUGAACGCAACAUGUAUGUCUUCAACUUGUGUUUUGUCUGCGACAGCUGGUCCAAAACUGUGCAGUAUGAACCUGUUGUUAAAAAGCUCGGUGAACAUUUGACAAUCAUGGAGGAAGAAACACGAUUUGUCUCAAGUGGUUCAUCCAAGCUUCCAACACUAUUAGCUCAUUUAUUACAUGACUUGAACACCUACAGGAGAGCGACUUUAGUCGAAGGCGACACAGUAAUGCAUUUAAAAGUGCUCGAAGUUCGUAAGGAUCCCCCAGCAGUGCACGAUUUUGAUGUGCCCGUUCUGGUCUCGUCCGUGGGUCUGCCCAGACCAGGGAGACCGCCGCGGACCAGACCACCUGAAGGGUCUGAACGACAGAGUCAGGAACAUCUAGAUGUGGAGGACGAUGAACCAUUUGAGAUUGACAUGGAUGCUGACUGGGACUUGACUACACGACAGCUAUUGCCUUUCGUAAAUGGAUACAACCAUGUUUCAAAAAUAGCCUCUGACACUAAUGUUGAAAAGACGCUAGUCAAAUCCUGUAUACAGAACUUAGUUUAUUAUGGCGUUGUAACACUAAUCCCAGUGCUGAAAUUCAGUAACAUGUACCGAGCGACCCCGAAUCUCAGCCGACUGUUCAGUGACCAGGAGAUGCAGAAGUCUUGUCUCACUUUUAUCAACAAAGGAGAUCUAAAAGAAAAGCCAUCACUAGCGGACGUGGUAACAGUGUUGUGCGCGCUGCAGCAGGGCACGACUCUGCGUGCAGUGUGCGAGCGGCACGCGGCCGCGCUCGGGCCCGCGCUCGACGUGCGCCGCCUCAUCGUGUUCGCGCAGCUGCACGGGCUCGUGCGCUGCCUCAAGCGAUACCCAGUAUACAUCCGCAGCACGAGUCGGCCGAACGGCUUCAACACACGCGUCGACGCAGCAGUUGGUAUCAGGCGACUGUUCACGGGCAAGCACUGCGCUGAUGAGAUCUGUUGUAUCGCGAGAAUCGACCUGCCUACCCUCGACCAGAUUAUAGAUGACGACCCCAAUGUUGCGGUUAUUUGGAGAUAGAUAUUCUUAAAAAUUUGACGCUUUUUUUGACUACUUGAUAGAUAGUAAAACCUUCUUAAAAUAUUCUGACCACGAAAAAUUUGACAGUUCGAAACUUAAUUUUGACAUUACAACUAUUUUUAUGACAUAGAUAGUAAAGCACCCUCUUUAAAUAUUAUGAGCAUCACAGAAUGAGCAUGCAAAAGUAUCUAAUCUAAUCUUGUCAUUUUGACUAUUCUCAAUGACAUAGAUGGUAAUAACCCCCCUUAAAAUAUUAUGACCAUAAAAAUCUUAUAAUCUUGACAUUUUGAAGCUAUAUUUAACAAUAGUGAUGACAAGCCCCUCCUCAAUGGUGACCUUGCAGAUUUGACAUUAAUUUUCAACCCCCCUCAAAAACGUGACUAAGAAUUUGACGCAAGCACUCUGGUAUAGAAUAUGGUAAAGUAUAGAAAAAUAAUGAAUAAUUGAUAAUUUAGUAUGGUCUUUUUUUACUUUUUUUUUUUUUACGUAAUUAAUUUAUUUUUGUAUACUUUAUGUUUUAGUGAAUGUUUACGGUGAUAUUUAAUUUAUUUUCUUAUUUGCGGAUUGUAGCUUAUAUUAGUAUUUUGUAUGUAGCUCAAGAUGCGGCUGUCAUCGCAAUCUUACGACACAAGUAGUGAAAAUGUUUAGUCAAUUUCCAUAAAAAUUCGAUUUUUUAUUUAUUGAAUGAAAUGAAUGCGAAUUAAAAAAGAAAAAUUUACGAUUUUUAACCGACUUCAAAAAAAGGAGGAGGUUCUUAAUUUGACCGGUAUAUUUUUUUUCUAUCAUCUCGCACCUAUACUGUGAACAAAUUUCUGUAUUUUAUAGAUGCUUCAAUUUUUAUAUAACUCCUUUGACUUGACAUGUAGACAUGAUGUCUGGACUUGAGUUUUUUUUUUCAUUGUAUGAUAUCUAUAUUUUCUAUUGGAUAAUAUCAUUGUAAAUUAUUAUUUUUUUUAUACUGUUAAAUAAUAAUUUUUUGACUUUCCAACUCAUGGAACAAAAUUUAAUGUAUAAUUUACUAUUUAAUUGAAUUUAUUUCUCAUAACAAUAAGCAGUAUUAGCAAAAUUUUCAAACAAUGUGUAAAGAAGUAGUUUUGCAAACAUUUUAAUGCGAUUAUCUCUUUUGGUUACAGAAGACUUAAAUACAUACUUACAUUUUUUAUUUAUUAAUUCAUAUUGUGAUUUUUUCAAUAUUCCACUUUAUAACUGAAUUUUUCGCGUACGCCCAUUGAGAUACUAUUACUACGUAUAGAGGAGACACCGCCAACAUCACUUAUGUUCCGCUCAACACAGGUCAACCGGCCACACUGCACUCAGUCGCUUUAGCGCGAUGAUCACGUUCACGUCUUGUUUGUUUUAAAGCAAAAAAAUUAGUUGUUUGUGAAGUCGGUUUACUGACGAUAGUUGAACGUGAACGUCUUAAGGCCGAUUGUGCUUCUUUGUCGCUCGUUCCGCGCUCUUGCUUGCACUUCAAGCAUUACAUGGAACGCCAGAGCGAGGUACUGCCGCAUGAGUCAUGUUUUUCCGUGCCUGCAGCCGGCUCUAUCGAAUUAUAAGACGUUGUCACGUCCAAAAAACAUGAAACUCAUCAAAUAUGCACUCGAGUGUGUUACAAUAUUGCACUAAUAAUUCAAGUAAUUCGGCAAAGUGCAGAGGAAUAACUUUUCGUCGGUAAUUUAUGUAGAUAACAAUUUUUAAAACUUGGUUCGAGUAAAAUUUAUGGCGGGCGCCAUUUUGCGUCAUUAAUUGUCAUAGACUAAAAAUUUAAGAAAUGGCAUUGCGCAUGAAAGAUGUUAAGAUAGAUAUAUUGGAUGACGUAAAUUUUUAUAGUGGAAAAUAAUAAUUUUACACAUUUAGAAAAGAUUGUACUGGGGACAUUACUUGAAAAAAGUUUAAAUUAUGAAAGAUGAAAAUCAAUUACCUUCGUAUCAAUUGUUUGUUACAUUGAUUGUUCUUAAUUGAUAAUUAAUAGACAUAAUGUUUAUAAAGUGUCGCCGUUAACGGUGAGUCGAAGACAUCGCUUAAUCUAUGACUCACAAGACAGUAGGCACACUGCGCCCGCGCCGCUUGUCGCACAGAUUUUGUAUGUGAUUUCUUCUCUAUACGUAAAAAUAAUAGCUCAAUGCUUUCGCCCGCAAAUGUUCGUCGCAUUGGCUUGUAUCACUUUCUUCCUAAUUUAAAGAAAUAUCAUUCAUGUGAGGGAGAAAGAAAGAUGUAAGUGUAUUUUCUCAAUUACCGCAACGGCUAAGUCUAUCUUUUUCCAUUUUAUGAACGCUUGUGAGCGUAAAAAAGGGACAAAAAAUGAAUGAUUUAAUUUUCGUGAUUCCACUAAUUUGUCCAGUUGGCACUAAUAAUAAUUAAUAUCACUAGAUAUAAGUUUGUAUGCUUUUUAGGUUGCGGAUUUGUCCUUUAAUUUAUUUUAUUUAGCCGCCUUUAGACGAAUAACAGUAUCGUACUGCCGACGUAGCAUUUAGAUUGGAAACUAUCGAAUAUUUGACCACGUUGGGUCACUUGCAAUAUAGAGAUAGUGAAUAUUUAUUUUCUUUCUAGUUUAAUGCAUGUUGAGCUGUGCCAUAGUAUAAAGAGAACAAGUAAGUUAUCUUCUAACAAAGCUACAUCGCGCCGUUUGUAUGUACGCGGAUCGUUUGGCCACGCCCCGCGUUCAUACGUACGCAAACCUGACGCACACAACGCCGCUCGGUUCCUUCUCAUGGACCGUUCUCGUGAGGGCCGUGGCAUUGCUUCGAGCGGUCGGUGUUUGUUUAUACAAUUAUUUUAAAUAUUAACGUGACAAGUGACAACCCUGCGUUUCGUGAGUUUAGGUACCGUGCGCUCCUAAACGCAGGAAGACGGCCUACUUGUCUCUUUAUACUACGUCUUUCGGGGCAAUUGUUAUCUGAACAAACAUAUAUAAUAUUUUGUUUAAGACUUUAUAUAAUGACGAAUGAGUAUUAAUUGAGUGAAUUUAUUUUAAGCUAUUCCGAAUAGAUGUAUACAGCAAAAUUACCUUUAAUUUAUUUUUUAUUUCAAAUUUUGUCAAAAAUGAUAGAUUCGAUUUCUCAUCAGUUUUUAUCAAUUAAAAUUUCUUAAAAUUUACUCUUAUAAUUUCCUACGUUGAUCAAAAUUUGGGUUUGAAAGUGUUGUUUAUUUGUGAGGUCUUUUUGCUAUCAAUAUAAUAAUGAUAAUAUUUAUUGCAAAUUUAAAUAAUAAUUAUACAAUAUUUGUUUAUUGAAAAGGUGAAGUUUUGUAAGGCCAACAUUUAAAUAGAUAUGUAUAAUAAAACCCAAACUGCAUAAUGUGAUUAAGAGUUUUCAGGAGAAUAUUAAGAUACUAUAUAAUUAAUGUUUCAAUGAAAAACUCGGUAACAGUAUUAAAAAAGCUUUCCGUUUAUUACACCGUAAUUUUAUUUAAAAACUUUUUUAUAAAUAAUCCAACUACUGGGUUUAACUGAAUUAGGGACAAGACAGUGUGAACAAUAAUGUUAUUGGAUUUUUCCUACAUGAAUAGGCUGUAAUGAAUUUAAAAACUGAUAUGAAGUGUACUUAAAUUGAAAGAUAUCCGACUGAUAUUGUAUAUUAUGAAAGGCCUUUAUAGUGUUUUUAAUUGGUGAUCUAUAAUAAUAUCAACGUAAGCAAUAUCUUUAUUCUAAAGAAAACUAUUUGAUAAAAUCUAAAUUACGUAGAAUAUAUUCCUUCUUGUUCCUAAUUGAUUAUUCACAACAUAUUCAAUACAUUUAUUUGAUUAGUCAUAAAACGUUAUUAAUUAUAUUUCACUGCUUGUGCUUUUAUAAAUGUUUCACAAAAUUAGUAAAUAAGUGUGGAUAUCGCUCUGUGGAGUCGAGCGUCAAUAAAAAAUACGCUUUAACGUGAGCUGUGAGUGUAUUAGAACGAGGGGAUGUACAUCAAAAUUUUAUUUAUAUAUAUUACACUAAAUUUUGGGAUAUAAUGUGUACCUUAAAAUAGUAUGCGACUGAUAAUAUAACUUGUCAUUUAAUAAAUAAAUGAAAAAGAUACAGGACCAGUUUCUCCGCUUGUUGAUAAUGUAGCCUUAUAGCCUAUUUGACGCAUUAUGGCAUUUUUAUACGUUAUUUGUUGGUUUAACCGAUAGAUGAGAUAGUCAGAACUUAUCAGAAAGCUGUGAAACUGGACUCUGGAAAUCAACCAGUUUAAUACCACGUGCUUUUUUAAAUGUACAAAUUUCAUAAGUGCAAGUAUGUAUGGUAUAAACCGUGCCAAUAAAUAAUGUAAUAUUAGAGAAAUGCUAGUGUAGGCUCAAUACAAAUGUGAAUUUAAAAAAAAAUAUGCACGCCCUUUUGAAAUUCAUUAUUUAUUGGAACGAUUUGUAAACCUAUGUUCUGUUAUUGUUAUUUUUUAAUUUAAUGUUAAUAGAAAGAUGAUAAUAAUAUCUAUUACAUAAUUGUAUUUUUGAUAUGUUUGCUUGAAUACAGAAUACAUAUUAGAAUAUUUAUAAUAUUUAAAGUAUAUUCCCCUCUCGUUUAAAUCGAAUAAAGUGUGAAUGAACGGUUUAGCGUUCGUAUUGGACAGUAUUAUUUUGUAAGCUAUAAUUUUGAAUUUUUUUGAACAGUGUCUUAUUAGGAGGUUAAUGGGUAAGGUUUAGGAAAUGGCUGCCCAUAGGUACGGACGUGGGUUUUAACUUGUAAUUAGCUAAAUUUAUAUUGAAAUUGUGAUCCCAUUUUCAAUAUUUGUUGUAUUAUACAUUGGUUUACGGAUGCGGCAAAAAAAUGGCAAGUUUUUUUGUCGAGGAAAUAUUUGACAAUUCAUAUCGAUGCGAAUAUUUUAUAAUAAUUGUGACAAAGUUGAAUUAUUCGACGCAUAAUGAUAUGAGGUGAAGCAGGUAUGGGUAUAGCCAUUUGCUUAUGGAAACGGAUGGACUGCGAUUGGUGGGUACUUAUUUAUUUUCUAAGUAUUUAUUUGUAGUACAAAGUAGUUAGUUGUAGCUCUUUGGUGUAUUAGCGUAAUGCGAUGUCCUACUAGCGUUGUGUGUUUGCGCAAAUGUUGAUUACAUGAACCAGUGAAUAUAAUAUUUUUUUGUCUAUAAAAGUCUGUACUAAAGAGAAUAUUUUGAUUAUAUAAUAUAAUAUUUCCAGUGUAAACACAAGUUUAUUGUGUAAUUAUAAUCAUUGUAAUGGCAUUUCCUAACAAAGGUAUUUGAGAUAAAAUUUUGCAGAAUUGAUAAAAUUCUUUAUUUUUAUAUCAUGCAACAUUUAUUGUCAUGUCUUCAGCAUUUAUAAAAUUUAACUUGUGUUAUAUUCUCAUUUCGUUAUAAAAUUGUAAAUAAGUUAAAGUCACAAACUACAAUAAAGUAAUUUAUGCAGUUAACAUAGUUCGGAUACAAAAUAAUAAUAAUAUUCCGCCCGUAUUUUUAUGCGUAAUGAAUUUUUCAUCGAUUUAUUAUUAAAAUUAUUUUUAGACAUACCUAAUUGGUUUGUGUUACUUUAUUUGAUAUGUAAAUGUGAAUUAAUGUGAGACUAGUUUUUUGUUAUAAAUUUAGAUACAUAUCAUUUUCUAAUUUAUUUAUUUUUUGUCUCGAAAUUGAUACCUAUUUCUUCUCAUUCUAUAUGUAUUCGAUUUAGAGGGUUAAUUAUAAUUGGUUUAUUUUUUGUUUAUGGUGAAAAAAUAAUUUAAUUAAUGGUUUUAAAGUAACGUAUCAACGUUUGUGCAAAUGCCGAAUUAUUUAUGAAUUUUUAACUUCACAUCACUGUCUGUUAGAAGCAAUUUAUAAUAAAUAUUUAGUGAAUCAUU